GAAUUCUAUACGAAUAGGAAAAUCGCCAUCUUAGCUUCUUUUACGAUAUAAGGAUGGUAGUAAACGAUUAAAAACGUUUUUAAAAGGAAGAAAUUUUGGUUUCGUAAACAGUACAAUUUUGAGUAUAAAUAUGUCUCUGCCUCCAUAUUUAUUGGGUCCAAAUCCUUGGGCUCAAAUGAUGGUUCAACAACAAGCACAUGCUCAAUUAGCAGCAGCUCAAGCUCAUGCCCAAGCAGCAGCACAAGUUCAAGCAGCGCAUCAUGCUCAUAUACAAGCUAUGAGUGGAAGUGGAUCAUCAAUUUCUCAACCUACAAAGCAACUUGAAGUAAUCUCUGAAGAUAAGUUGCAGGAAAAAGCACAAAAAUGGCAACAGUUACAAUCAAAGCGUUUUGCAGAAAAACGGAAGUUUGGUUUUGUUGAUGCUCAAAAAGAAGAUAUGCCACCAGAGCAUAUUCGUAAAAUUAUAAGAGAUCAUGGAGAUAUGAGUAGUCGUAAAUACAGACAUGAUAAACGUGUUUAUUUAGGAGCUCUAAAAUAUAUGCCACAUGCUGUUAUGAAGCUUUUAGAAAAUAUGCCAAUGCCUUGGGAACAAAUUAGAGAUGUGAAAGUAUUGUAUCAUAUAACAGGUGCAAUUACAUUUGUAAAUGAAAUACCCUGGGUGAUCGAACCUGUUUAUAUUGCACAGUGGGGUACUAUGUGGGUUAUGAUGAGACGAGAAAAACGUGAUCGUAGACAUUUUAAAAGAAUGAGAUUUCCACCAUUCGAUGAUGAGGAACCUCCAUUGGAUUAUGCAGAUAAUGUUUUAGAUGUAGAACCGCUGGAAGCUAUUCAAAUUGAAUUGGAUUCUGAAGAAGAUUCUUCUGUUGCUACCUGGUUUUAUGAACACAAACCACUCAUUGGAUUAAAGCACAUUAAUGGAUCCACAUAUAGAAGAUGGAAUUUAAGUUUACCCAUGAUGGCAACUUUAUAUCGCCUUGCAAAUCCAUUACUCACAGAUUUAGUUGAUCAUAAUUAUUUUUACCUGUUUGAUCCCAAGUCAUUUUUUACUGCAAAAGCAUUAAAUAUGGCAAUACCUGGAGGUCCAAAAUUUGAGCCUCUGGUUAAGGAUUCUAAUGCUGCUGAUGAAGAUUGGAAUGAAUUUAAUGAUAUUAAUAAAAUUAUAAUUAGGCAACCAAUUCGAACAGAGUAUAGAAUUGCCUUUCCUUAUUUAUAUAAUAAUAUGCCUCAUUUUGUACAUUUAUCAUGGUAUCAUGCACCAAAUGUAGUAUAUAUAAAAACUGAAGAUCCAGAUUUACCUGCAUUUUAUUUUGAUCCCUUAAUUAAUCCAAUUUCUCAUCGAAAUUCUUUAAAGACAAUGGAACCUAUAAUAGAAGAUGAUGAAGAUUUUGUUCUUCCUGAAGAAGUGCAACCUUUCCUUCAAGAAACCCCACUUUAUACUGAUAAUACAGCUAAUGGAAUAGCUUUACUUUGGGCUCCAAGACCCUUUAACACUCGAUCUGGUAGAACCAGAAGAGCGAUUGAUAUUCCUCUUGUUAAAGCAUGGUAUCGAGAGCAUUGUCCACCAGGUCAACCAGUAAAAGUUCGAGUUAGUUAUCAAAAAUUGUUAAAAUAUUUUGUUUUAAAUGCAUUGAAACAUAGGCAUCCAAAACCACAAAAGAAGAGAUAUCUGUUUCGUUCUUUCAAGUCAACAAAAUUCUUUCAAACAACAACGGUUGAUUGGGUAGAAGCUGGUUUGCAAGUAUGCAGGCAAGGCUAUAAUAUGUUAAAUCUUCUUAUUCAUAGAAAAAACUUAAAUUAUCUUCACUUGGAUUACAACUUUAAUUUAAAACCAAGUAAAACGUUAACAACUAAGGAGAGAAAGAAAUCACGUUUCGGAAAUGCUUUUCAUUUAUGUCGUGAAAUACUCCGAUUGACAAAAUUGAUUAUUGAUUCUCAUGUUCAAUAUCGUUUAAAUAAUGUCGAUGCAUUUCAACUUGCUGAUGGAUUACAAUAUAUUUUUGCUCAUGUUGGCCAGUUAACUGGAAUGUAUCGAUACAAAUAUAAAUUAAUGAGGCAAAUAAGGAUGUGUAAAGAUUUAAAGCAUUUAAUUUAUUAUCGGUUUAAUACAGGCCCAGUUGGUAAAGGUCCUGGUUGUGGUUUUUGGGCUCCAGGUUGGCGAGUUUGGCUCUUUUUUAUGCGCGGUAUCACACCAUUGCUUGAACGGUGGUUAGGUAAUUUACUUUCUCGUCAAUUCGAAGGUCGACAUUCAAAAGGCGUAGCAAAAACUGUAACUAAACAAAGAGUAGAAUCGCAUUUUGAUUUGGAAUUAAGAGCAUCUGUUAUGCAUGAUAUAGUAGAUAUGAUGCCUGAAGGUAUCAAGCAGAAUAAAGCAAGAACGAUUUUGCAACAUCUUAGUGAAGCUUGGAGAUGUUGGAAAGCUAAUAUUCCAUGGAAGGUUCCAGGGUUGCCAAUACCCAUUGAAAAUAUGAUUCUUAGGUAUGUAAAAAUGAAGGCAGAUUGGUGGACAAAUACAGCUCAUUAUAAUCGUGAACGAAUUCGACGUGGUGCUACUGUUGAUAAAACUGUAUGUAAAAAGAAUUUAGGACGACUGACACGACUUUAUUUGAAAGCUGAACAAGAACGUCAACAUAAUUAUUUAAAGGAUGGACCUUAUAUUUCACCAGAAGAAGCUGUUGCUAUUUAUACAACAACUGUACACUGGUUAGAAUCUCGAAGAUUUGCUCCUAUUCCAUUUCCUCCAUUAUCAUAUAAACAUGACACUAAAUUGUUAAUUUUGGCUUUGGAGAGAUUAAAAGAAGCUUAUAGCGUUAAAUCAAGAUUAAAUCAAAGUCAACGCGAAGAACUUGGAUUAAUCGAACAAGCUUAUGAUAAUCCUCAUGAAGCCCUAUCGAGAAUUAAACGUCAUCUUCUUACACAAAGAGCUUUCAAAGAGGUGGGUAUUGAAUUUAUGGAUCUCUACAGCCACCUUAUUCCAGUUUAUGAUGUUGAACCUUUAGAGAAGAUCACUGAUGCCUAUUUGGAUCAAUAUCUGUGGUAUGAAGCAGAUAAGCGAAGACUUUUCCCACCAUGGGUUAAACCAGCUGAUACUGAACCACCUCCUCUUCUUGUAUAUAAAUGGUGUCAGGGCAUUAAUAAUCUUCAGGAUGUCUGGGAUGUUAGUGAAGGUGAAUGUAAUGUUUUGUUGGAAUCAAAAUUCGAAAAGCUUUAUGAGAAGAUUGAUUUAACUUUACUUAAUCGUUUGCUGAGACUGAUUGUUGAUCAUAAUAUUGCUGAUUAUAUGACAGCUAAAAAUAAUGUUGUAAUAAAUUAUAAAGAUAUGAACCAUACAAACAGUUAUGGCAUAAUUAGAGGUCUACAAUUUGCCUCGUUUAUUGCUCAGUAUUAUGGAUUAGUGUUAGAUCUCCUGGUUCUUGGCUUACAGCGUGCUAGUGAGAUGGCUGGUCCUCCCCAGAUGCCUAAUGACUUUCUUACUUUUCAGGAUGUGGCUUCAGAAACGGCACACCCAAUUCGUUUAUAUUGCCGUUACGUCGACAGAAUUCACUUGUUCCUUCGUUUUACUGCAGAUGAAGCACGUGAUCUUAUUCAACGUUACUUAACUGAACACCCUGAUCCGAACAAUGAAAAUAUCGUAGGAUAUAAUAAUAAAAAGUGUUGGCCACGAGAUGCACGCAUGCGCCUAAUGAAACAUGAUGUGAAUCUUGGACGUGCUGUCUUUUGGGAUAUAAAGAAUCGUUUGCCACGAUCCACUACUACUGUCCAAUGGGAAAAUAGUUUCGUAAGCGUAUACAGCAAAGAUAAUCCAAAUCUGCUAUUUAAUAUGAGUGGAUUCGAAUGCCGUAUUCUUCCGAAAUGUAGGAUGACUCAUGAAGAAUUUACACAUAAAGAUGGUGUAUGGAAUUUACAGAACGAAAUAACUAAGGAGCGAACAGCUCAAUGUUUUCUUCGUGUUGAUGACGAAAGUUUACAGAGAUUCCACAAUCGUGUCAGGCAAAUUCUUAUGGCUUCAGGAUCUACCACCUUUACAAAAAUUGUCAAUAAAUGGAAUACAGCUUUAAUCGGUCUCAUGACUUAUUUUCGCGAAGCUGUUGUUAAUACACAAGAACUUUUAGAUUUACUCGUUAAGUGUGAAAACAAAAUUCAGACUCGUAUCAAAAUAGGUCUUAAUUCAAAAAUGCCAUCAAGAUUUCCUCCAGUAGUAUUCUAUACACCAAAAGAAUUGGGGGGUUUAGGUAUGUUGUCAAUGGGACAUGUACUUAUUCCUCAAUCCGAUCUUAGAUGGUCUAAACAAACUGAAGUCGGCAUUACACAUUUUCGCUCAGGUAUGAGUCAUGAUGAAGAUCAGUUAAUUCCUAAUUUAUAUAGAUACAUUCAGCCGUGGGAAUCUGAGUUUAUUGAUUCUCAAAGAGUGUGGGCAGAAUAUGCAUUGAAAAGGCAAGAGGCUAAUGCCCAGAAUCGAAGACUAACUUUAGAGGAUUUGGAAGACAGUUGGGAUAGAGGUAUUCCUAGAAUUAACACACUUUUUCAAAAAGAUCGCCACACCCUGGCUUAUGAUAAAGGUUGGAGAAUUAGAACUGAAUUUAAACAAUAUCAGGUUUUAAAACAAAAUCCUUUUUGGUGGACUCACCAACGUCAUGAUGGUAAAUUGUGGAAUUUAAAUAAUUAUAGAACUGACAUGAUUCAAGCACUUGGUGGAGUUGAAGGUAUUUUGGAACAUACACUAUUUAAAGGGACAUAUUUUCCAACAUGGGAGGGUCUUUUCUGGGAAAAAGCAUCAGGAUUUGAAGAGUCAAUGAAGUACAAAAAACUAACAAAUGCUCAACGAUCAGGCUUAAACCAAAUUCCCAAUCGACGCUUUACUUUGUGGUGGUCACCAACGAUCAAUAGAGCAAACGUAUAUGUUGGUUUUCAGGUACAACUUGAUUUAACAGGAAUUUUUAUGCAUGGUAAAAUUCCAACAUUGAAAAUAUCACUAAUUCAAAUUUUUCGUGCUCAUUUGUGGCAAAAAGUUCAUGAAUCAAUUGUUAUGGAUUUGUGUCAAGUUUUUGAUCAAGAACUUGAUGCAUUAGAAAUUGAAACUGUGCAAAAGGAAACUAUUCAUCCUCGAAAAUCUUACAAAAUGAAUUCAUCAUGUGCUGAUAUUCUUCUUUUUUCGGCUUAUAAAUGGAACGUUUCACGGCCUUCUCUUCUUGCUGAUUCUAAAGAUGUUAUGGAUAAUACAACAACUCAGAAAUACUGGAUUGACGUACAACUUCGAUGGGGCGAUUACGAUUCUCAUGAUAUAGAAAGAUAUGCACGAGCAAAAUUCUUGGAUUACACCACUGACAAUAUGUCAAUUUAUCCAUCACCUACUGGAUUAUUGAUAGCUAUAGAUCUUGCAUAUAAUCUUCAUAGUGCAUAUGGUAAUUGGUUUCCUGGCUGUAAGCCUCUUAUUCAACAAGCAAUGGCCAAAAUUAUGAAAGCCAACCCUGCCCUUUACGUACUCCGAGAACGUAUAAGAAAAGCUCUCCAACUGUACUCUUCAGAACCUACCGAGCCAUAUUUAUCUUCGCAAAAUUAUGGAGAACUAUUUUGUAAUCAAAUUAUUUGGUUUGUUGAUGACACCAAUGUUUAUCGCGUUACUAUUCAUAAAACUUUUGAAGGCAAUUUAACUACUAAACCAAUCAAUGGUGCAAUUUUUAUCUUCAAUCCACGAACGGGUCAACUCUUUUUGAAGAUCAUUCAUACAUCAGUAUGGGCCGGUCAAAAACGUUUAGGACAGUUAGCUAAAUGGAAAACUGCUGAAGAAGUAGCAGCAUUAAUUCGAUCACUACCAGUUGAGGAACAGCCUAAGCAAAUUAUUGUUACGAGGAAAGGUAUGUUAGAUCCACUCGAGGUGCAUCUUCUUGAUUUUCCAAAUAUUGUUAUCAAAGGAUCUGAAUUGCAACUUCCUUUCCAAGCUUGCUUAAAAGUUGAAAAAUUUGGUGAUUUGAUUUUAAAAGCUACUGAGCCACAGAUGGUAUUAUUUAAUUUAUAUGAUGAUUGGUUGAAAACAAUUUCGUCUUACACCGCAUUUUCACGUCUGAUUUUAAUUCUUCGAGCUUUGCAUGUCAAUACAGAGAGAACAAAAGUUGUGUUGAAACCUGAUAAGACAACAAUCACUGAACCACAUCACAUUUGGCCUUCACUGACUGAUGAUGAAUGGGUGAAGGUUGAAGUGCAACUAAAAGAUUUGAUUCUUGCUGAUUACGGAAAAAAAAAUAACGUGAAUGUUGCAUCAUUAACGCAGUCUGAAAUACGUGAUAUUAUACUUGGAAUGGAGAUUAGCGCUCCCUCAGCACAACGACAACAAAUUGCUGAAAUUGAAAAACAAACUAAGGAGCAGUCACAACUUACAGCAACGACAACGAGAACAGUUAACAAGCACGGAGAUGAAAUUAUCACUGCUACAACAUCGAAUUAUGAAACACAAUCGUUUAGUUCUAAGACGGAAUGGCGGAUCCGUGCUAUAUCAGCGACAAAUUUACAUUUGAGAACAAAUCAUAUUUACGUUUCAUCCGAUGAUAUCAAAGAGACUGGUUACACAUACAUCUUACCAAAGAACGUUCUUAAAAAAUUCGUUACUAUCUCAGAUUUACGUGCUCAGAUUGCGGGAUAUUUAUAUGGUGUAAGCCCUCCAGAUAAUCCUCAGGUAAAAGAAAUUAGAUGUAUUGUGAUGCCUCCACAGUGGGGUACCCAUCAAACUGUACAUUUGCCAAACAUGUUACCUAAUCAUCAGUAUUUAAAAGAAAUGGAACCUCUUGGAUGGAUACAUACACAACCAAACGAACUUCCACAACUAUCUCCGCAAGAUAUAUCAACUCAUGCAAAAGUAAUGGCAGAAAACUCUUUAUGGGAUGGAGAAAAAACAAUUGUAAUAACUUGUAGUUUUACUCCUGGUUCAUGUUCACUUACUGCCUAUAAAUUAACACCAAGUGGAUUUGAAUGGGGAAAGCAAAAUACGGAUAAAGGAAAUAAUCCUAAAGGAUAUCUUCCUAGUCAUUAUGAAAAAGUUCAAAUGCUAUUAUCUGACAGAUUCCUUGGAUUUUUUAUGGUACCAAGUCAAGGAUCAUGGAAUUACAAUUUCAUGGGUGUAAGACAUGAUCCUAAUAUGAAAUAUGAACUACAAUUAAUAAAUCCAAAAGAAUUUUAUCAUGAAGUACAUCGUCCUGCACAUUUUCUAAAUUUUGCAAGUUUGGAAGACGGUGAUGGAGUUGGUGCGGAUCGCGAAGAUAUGUAUGGUUAAAAUUUUAAGAAAAUUAAAAUUAUUGUGUAAAUAACUUAUCAAAAAUGUAAAAUAA